UAAUUGUCGGACGGCCAAUCGGGUGAGCUCCAAUUCUGGAGGACAAUGCAGUUAUUGUUCAAAGCCCAGCUCGGCCCCUGCUGGAGCUCCUAAAUCAGCCCCUCCACCGCCACCACCACCGCCACCAUCUGCACCAAAGAGGUCUGGUGGUGCGGGGAAGGUCAUCAUGGGCGGUCUAUUGGUAGGAGUAGGAGCGACCGUUGGCACGUUAGCCUACGCCAAGGCAAACCCUGAAUUCAGGAAGCAGGUGGAGAGUAACUGGCCUUUGCUCCUGGACGUCUUUCCUUACUUCUUCGAUGAGGAUGCAUCGCCGGCAGAGACCGGCAAGUCUAAAGCAGAUACCAUGUCUCUUGGCGGAGGAAAGAAACCGUUGAUACCCACCAGCUCACCAAAAACCAUCACUCCCGUCAGUGAGGCACCACUUGCUGUAUCUAAACCACCAUCAUUACAAACCUCCAAAGAAGCAGCAGCGAAGCCUUCAGCCUCCAAAGCUCCAGUGGCUCCCAAAGCCUCCGAGGAGCUGGAGAACUCUCUCAAGAAAGAGGAGGAGGCCAGGAGGAGCAAGGAACUACAGGAGAAGAUCCUGGAGCAAGAGAUCGAUGAAGCUGCCAGUAUUGCAGCUUACGAAGCAAUUGUCGAGAGAUGCGUUUCAGACACGGUAGAAGCCACAAGGAUUGCCAUGGACUCUAAGAAAGACGCAGUAGAAGCUACUAAGCAACAUACAGAUAAACUCAAGCUUGCUAUGGGGGAUAGUGAGGAGGAGACAAGUGAUUUGAAAAAGAAACAAUGGGAUGAGGUGGUGGUAGCAGCUGAAAACAAACUGAAGAUAGUAAGACAGGCAAGCAAGGAGGAAGCAGCUGCAAGGGAAGCGUUGGCCAAGCUAAGGGCAGUCUUAGAAGAAGCUAGACAGAUCAAGACCUCUAAAGGACAAGGCCCUAAUCUCACUGGAGCUCAAGCUAAUCUUAAUCAGAUGUCAUACGACCUGGAGUCUGCAACAGCUGAGGUUGCCAUAGCUCAGAAUGAAGCCCGUAUUCUGAAAAACUACAAUGAACUGAUUCAGAAGGGUAGGGAAGAUUUCAAGAAGGAAGUCCAAAGCUUGAUGCCUGACGCUAAGAUUGGCAAAAAGGGUAAGAAGCUAACGGAGGAAGAGCUGAAUGCCUUGAUAGCCCACGCCCAUCGCAGGGUCUACCAGCUACAGAAGGAGCUUGCUGAGCAACAGGCCAUGGAACAGAAGAGAUUGGCCGUUGCCAUGGAGAAACAGAAAGAAGAAGACGAAGGGGUCACCAAGUCAAAGGUCGCAGUUGAGCUCGAGAGACAGGCUGCUGACCUGGUUGUUCUAUACCAGAAGAAGGAAGAAGACCUGAUGGAUGAGGCUGAGCAGGAGCUACGGCUCCAGCUGAGACGGCAGGCCGCGGCGCACAGCGACCACCUCUCAGACGUACUCAAACAGCAGCAGCAGGACUUUGAUCGUCAGCUCGUCGUCCAGGAUGGGAUGAUCAGAGAUCAGGAGAGGGAUGGUUACUACCAGCAGCUUACCGGGGCUAUGGCUAAACUCAAGGGUGUCGAGGCUGCAGUAGAAGGGAGAGCUGGUCUUGAGCUACAGAAUCAGAAAGCACAGGAACUGUGGUUAGCUUGCGAAACCCUCAAGAGGACAAUUUCAACAGGUACGCUAGAAGGAACAUCAUGGCAAGAGAAGCUGAAACCAUUAGCCAAUGAGGUCGAAGCAAUAAGAGAAGCAUCACCUAGCAACGAGUUUGUGGAUACUGUCGUCAAAACAAUACCAGAGGAGGCUCUUACAAGAGGAGUGUACACCGAGGACUCGCUACGUCAGCGGUGGGACCAAACGCAACGGGUCUGCAAACGAGUUGCCAUGAUCGACGAUGCCGGUAGCAGUAUGUUUACAUACUUCCUCUCCUACUUCCAAUCCCUCCUCCUCCUCAACGACCCCCUCCCGCCAAACUCGGACGACGCCGCCGUCGACCCGUCUUCCCUCGACACCCUCAAGCUCGUGUCGUACGCCUCGUACCACAUGGAGAACGGGAACCUGGAGCAGGCCUUGAGGUAUGCAAACCAGCUGACGGGUAUGCCGAGGAGGGUGGCCUCCGACUGGCUGAGAGAAGCACGGUUGCUAUUGGAGACGAGUCAGGCAGCAUCGGUUCUGUCGUCGCACGCGUCCGCGUCAGGGUUGGGAGGGUUGCACUUCCAAUGAAUGAGAUUCUAAAUUAUAUCAUCUAAAUAGCUUGUCGAAAUUUUCUUGUGGAUUGAGCCAGAGAAUUCUCCAGUCUCACUUUGCAGAGCUAAUAGCUCUUUUUUUGGUGAACAGUUGGAAUUUGAAAUUAAUAUCUCUGUGAUGUUCUGUAACAUCGCAAUGGGUGAAAUAGGAAAUAUAUUUCUAAAAUUAUACACCCACGUGAUUGACAUGUAUUGUUGCAUUUACUAGAUGUGAUACUAGCUGGUUGUAAUGGUCAUAAAAUGACAUUCAACUUGCAUCAAGGCAAUGCAAUGUGAUAUUACUCGUUGGACAUUCUGUAUUAUAAUCAUAGGUAAUAUGCCUCAUUCUUAUGGGUAGAUACAGCUUACUAAUUGAAUAUAUAUUCAAGGGUCCAACCAUCUUGAAUUUAGUCACAGUUAACGAGUUUCUUUUAAAAAGCUCAUUUACUUUUUUGUAUUCAGAAAUUUGUUGUGCUGGGUAUAUAUAUGAAUCAUGCAUGGUGUUUUAACUAUUGUUUUUAUCAGUUGGGCUAUUAAUCAAUCUGUUGUAUGUUUGAACCCCCAUUCUUACUUUAUGACAAGGCCGCACAUAAUUCCAUAACCAAGUUGAAAUCUGAAACUAGAUUCUUUUUUCUUUUUAUUCAGUUUUUCCUUGAGAAAUAUAGAAGCUGGUAUUAUAUGCCCUACCCCUAACAAGUUUUCAAAAAUGGUAUAUUUUUGAUAUUUAGCCUUGCCUUCAAAGGGCACAUCUUAUACAGCAUACUAGGUAUUGAAGCCAUUUCAUUUCAGCGGUGGGUCGAGAAUCAGGGAAUACUCUGUUGAUAAGGUAGUUUUCGCUCCCCAACACACGACAGUUUCAAGAUCUUUGUCAAAGCCUUCAAUACAAAGAACACCCAAGAGGUCUUUGUUGAAAAUUGGCAAAUUAAAAAAAGCAGAAUGCGAUAUUUGCAAUUUUUGUUGUCAGCUCCGAAACCACUAAGCUGGUUCACUAAUAUUCAACGAAGGCCUCCCAGUUGACAUACAUGUACCUUUACUGUGUUCUUGAUAAAAAUCCAAACUUGUAGUUACAUAAUUUUUUUUUUGCCACGAGACCAUUGUUUGUGUGUGACGGCAUGCUGAUGAGAAUUGUGUAAAGCUGUAUUGACCAUUGUCUCUAAGAGAAAUAUAAAAUCUAUGAAAGUGUAUUACUGUGGUUUUCUUGUCCAUUAUUAGGGAAACUGUCAUUGAUCAUGCAUGAUGCUAGAGCUAAAACCGGUGCUUAAACUUCUCAUUGCGCAAGGUUUAUUAUGCCUCAAGAACAUUUUAUCAAUUAAUUAUUUACAGACGCCUAAGCAUAUAAGAGAAAUUUCAGAACAGCAAAUUAAAACAAGUUAUGAAACAAAUUUCUAGAAAAGUAAAAAACAUUUAUAUGGCACGAUAAAAAGUUUUGGUAAAAUGGGUGAGGAACUAUUUUUAUACACAUUACUUGGACUAGUUAUUGUUUACAUCAUAAUCAUAUUGACUCUUGAUUGGCUGCUUAGACCGGUAACAAUAUUUUACACUUUUUACUCCUAACCUCAAGAGAGUAAAGCCUUGUAAAACACAAUUUGCUCUGUGAUUUGUUUUCUACAUUCCAAACCUCUUUCAGGUAAGAAGGCUACAUAUCUUUCAACAAAAUUGUAUACCAUAAUUCUUUUUCCAAUGAUAUCUGUCCAAAUAAGACAAAUAUCUCGACCUUGGAAUCUAUGAUUGCUGCUGUCAACUUCUUUGUACAUCCCUCAUUAUUUUCUUUUGUUUAACAAUAAUAAAAAUGUGUGUUUCAACUAGCCUAUAUACAUCUUAAAAGAUGGAAUACUACUGAAUUAACAUAGUUGAAUACAUAUAAAAAC